CCCCACAACUGAGAACCUGUUGAAUGCACUUCACAUAAUGAACAUGCAUCAGUUGCUAAAAGUGUUUUAGACCCAUUAAAAAAUCAUAUUAUUUCCUAUUCAAGCCUCAAGGUAGGGCUGUAUGUAAUGAUGUAUGUUAAGAGUGAAGACUGAAUGCCUCAAACAGUCGUGACUGCAUGUACUCACUCAGGCUCCUCCCAGUAAACAACACUUUUUUGGCGCUCCACCUCCAAAUAGUAAAAGAGUAAACACACUGUCUGAACACACUAUCAGCUUAUCGGAUGAGAUGCACGUAACUGUCCAUGGUGUCCGCAAAGAAUUUUGUUUUGGUCGAAAAACCCACCUGGAAAGGAGGAUAGACCUUUUGGGACUGUUAACGCAGAACAGUGAUGCAUUUGUAAUGUAAAUGGAUGACAAAAAUGAGUGACAGAUUGAAAAUUGUUUUCAUGUUGUGUCUUGCUUUCGUCACUACAGGAGGACAACAUUUUGAAAGUAAAGUGGCCCAGUUACUGCAAGACGAAACAGAGGAUAUUAAAUGUUUUGUGGAGUUGAAGGAUCUCACUUGCUUUUGGGAAGAGGAGGAAGAGAGAAAUAAUUUACAAUAUACAUUCACAUAUUCAUACGAGAAUAAGAACAAGAUGGCUUGUGUGGUUUCAUCUCUGUCUUUACUGGCCAGUAACAAAACCGUCUUCUUCUGCAAACUGCCCAAAACCCCUUUCUUCACGACGCUUGAUGUGCAGGUUUUUCGUGAUGGCCGGAUGCUCUACAGUCGUAGCCUUAACGCUGAGAAUUACUUGUUUCUAGAUCCUCCCAGAAACCUCACGGUCUUGAGUUCAGGGAAGGAAGGGCAGUUGAACGUGAGCUGGCUGCCUCCUCUACUCAAAUACAUGGAUGACAGUAUGAUAUAUGAGGUCAGAUAUGCAGUGGAGGGAAGUAACAUGGGCAAAGUGGAGGUCAUAAAGGUCAGCACGAUGCUGGUUUUGCUUGGCUUACAGUCCGACACCAGAUACAAGGUGUGGGUCCGUGUCAAACCCGAUGGUGUUGCCUACAAAGGCUACUGGAGUGCAUGGACCGAGCCUGUGCUUGGAGUCACACAGCCCAUCAGUAAGUCUUUGUUUAUUGUUUGUUUGUUUUUGUUCAUAUUAUUGUUGAUGUGUAUUGAAAGAUUUAACCGCUUCUGUGCACUUUACAGAUUUCUUCUUAAGAAACUCUGGCCUGACAUCCCGACACCAGAGCACAAGUUUCCUGGUCUUUUUAUUUACAGACACAAGGAGUGGAUGAGCCAAAAUAAUAGCAGCAUGUGGGGCAGAUCAGUCCAAGUGUACACAGAGGAGCUUCCUUCACCGCUAGAGGUUUUGUCCGAGGUUUCCCUGACCAGCCACGGCACGUCCCAGAGAGAGGAGAGGAAACCUGUGGAGGAGGACGAGGAGAAGGAGAGCGAGCGUUCGGACUCGGGGUUAACAGACAGAUGGCGAGAACCUCCUCAAGCUCACUGGCUCAUGGAGCAACUGAGGGCGCUUCAAGAAAACCCCCAAUCUCUUUCCCAGUCAUUGUUAGUGCAGUCACAUGACACCUAUGUCACUCUCAAUCAAAACUCCCAAGGAGACGGCGAGCGAGAGGUGGACGAUGUCUUCGAGGAGACGUUACCGCUCCAGACCCUCUUCACCACCACAGGAACGACGUCCUUGAGCACCUCGCACUCCGACCUCGGCUCCCUCCAGCAGAGCUCGGGUUCGGGCAGACUGUCAUCACAAUCCAGCUUCGAGUAUCCCAACCAAACCUGGCCCCCCAAGGGGCCGGGAUACACCUACAUGGCGGUCGCAGACUCGGGGGUCUCCAUGGACUACAGCCCGAUGAGCUCCAGCAGGAUCACGGAGCUCGGGAGACACAGGAUGUACACAAAUGAUUACAAAAAUGAGAUUUUUCUCCACAAGUGGCCACUCUUCGGUGAACACAAUAAAUCUGGAUCAGAGUCCUGCAUGGGUCCCGUUUGGUAAACACGCAAUACUUAUGGAUUGUCCACGCAAAAGGGAUUAUUCUGUCAUCAUUUGCUCACCUUCAUGUCAUCAAACCUGUAUGACUUUCUUUCAUCUGUGGAAUAUUAAAGAAGAUAUUUUGAAGAAUGUUGGUAACCAGAUGCUGGUAGCCAUUGACUUCCUUUUUUUUUCUUCAUCCAUACAAUAGAAGUCAAAGGCGAAGCAAAAUGUACAAAACUACUACAAAUUCACAUCAGGAUCUUACUGGAUUUUUCAGAAGAAAAAACACUCCAUCAGAUAAAAUAAGCUAACAUUAUAGCAUUACUAUGGCAGCUGUUGAUGAAACAUUUAUGUACAGCAUACCACUAAAAUACCAGUGGGGUGUUUUCUUUGAUCUUUCUUACAUAUUUUUUUGUCUUUAAUUAUGAAUACUUUAAUUGGUGGCACUUUCCACAAAUAGGGUUCAUUUAGCUGUCCGAUUACUUUCUUCUUCUUCUUCUUUCUUUUUUUUUCAUUUUUGAAAUAUUGAACAAGUUGGAUAAUUAUUUAAUAUAAAUAAUUUCAUGAAAAACAGGACAUUGUAAAUGCAUCAACUAUCUGUACUCUGAAAAAUUAAAUCAUAAAAAAUGUCAUCAUUUUGACAUUGUCGAGAGAAAAUAU